AUGAAGUACUUUAUCCUUAUUUCAUUUUUGGUCGCUAGCGCUCUGGCAACGGAUCUUGAGGAGGCACAAGGCCAGUUUUGUACAAUGUGCAAUAAGAAGUGGGAAGAGAAGGUUCCGAAUAGCUGGGCAGAGGUUACUGCUUAUUUGAACCUCGCAUGUUUUCAACUUCACGCUACUCUUAAACCUCGUUGUAUGGCCCUGGUCAACAACUUCGACAUUGGGAAAAUCUUCGACACCUUCCGCCCACAACUCAUUGAUUUUGGAAACACUGUGUGCGAUAUGUAUUGUAAUUGA